UCACAUGAAGGGACAGGCAGGAGUCACAUGGUGUGAGUUUGCGUUGGACUGUAGAGACUGAGGAAGAGAGAGAGAAAUAAGUUGCAACAACAGGGUGUACCCAAAGGACAUGGAAAUACCAGCUAUAAACUUGAAGGCUAUCGUCUUUGUCCACUGGCUUCUAACAACAUGGGGUUGUAUGUACCCGUGGCUCCCUUUAUCUUACGUUUGGGGUAACUUCACCAUUCUUGCCAUUGCGGUUUGGGCCAUCGCUCAGAGGGAUUCCAUCGACGCUGUGCUCAUGUUUUUGAUUGGAAUGUCGAUAACCAUCCUGACGGAUAUCAUCCACUUCGGGAUUUACUACCCCAGCGGGGCGAUUGUGUCGUCCUUGUUCCGGUUCUGCGCUGGCAUGGCGAUUCUGAGUCUCAUUCUCAAACCCGCGUCCUGCUUCUUCGUCUACCAGAUGUACCGCGAGAGGGGCGGGGAGUACGUCGGCUUUGGUUUACCCAACGUGACUCCUAACAGAGACUCUUAUCAGUCGAUCGACCAGCAGAACUCAGGACCGGCCAUCCCCCCCUAUUCACAGGCAGGAGAGAGCAAGGCUGGACCCCAGGCAUACUGAGGAGGGGAGAGAGAGCGGCCGUGAUACUGCCCUCCCAGGACCAAAGGAGGUGCUAAACGUUCAACGGAAAGUGACAUUUCUGGGUCAAUUUUACUAAGCUUCAGCUUGUGGGCAAAGUUUUCACACCAUUAUUUUUAUAUAUCCGGUGAGGAUGACUCCACAGACAGAGUUGUAUCUCGUAACCGUAUGUUACUGUCAGGCGGUAUGCUGUUUGUGUAUUUAUUUAGUUUUAAAUGUGACAUGCACCAAAAGUUAGAAAUCAACAUCUGGGACAUGUAACAAUAACUCAUAAAUAGUGUGCUGCCUACUGUAAUUUCUUGAAAAUGUUUUCUAUUUGAACUGGAGCAGAGGUUUAGUGAACCUGACCAUUGUCUUUGCUAGUACAUCAUCUGUCUUGGCUGUUUGCUACAAGAUUAAAAUGGCCCAUAUGCAGUAGUAAAAAUAUAAAAAAUAAUAAUUCUGUAUCACGUCUUCCAGACUUGAAUAUCUCUUCCAGCCACUAAAAGCCUCCACAGCAUUGCACGGCAGUUUCACCCAUUCCAGGUUUUACUAUGAGCUUGAUGUUUAUGGGUAACAAGCUCAGAUGUGUCUUAUGAAGCUCCUAGCAAAACCAGGAAUGGAUCAAAUACCCAUGCAGUGGGAGUCUUAUUAACGUCCCUGGAUCAGCAACCCAAACGUUUCACGUGUUUCAUCUACUGUAUCGCUUUUGUUUUGUAUGUGUUAAUCUGUUUCGCUUGUCUUUACUAUAAAAAGAAAAAUGAUAUUGUAAUAAUCAGACUCAAUUUGUACAUAGUUGUUGUUUUUACAGUCAGGAAGGUGAUACAUCCUCAUACAGUACUUCAACCCGUCCCAUUGAUUUCUCAUUCAUGUCCACCGCCCAGAUAGGGAGACAACAUGCCUAAAGUGGGUGUCCUGUUACAAUUUCACUUUCUCCAGUAUAGCGCCGCUGUGCGGUAACAGGAUAGUGCGGGUUUUGAUUGGUACGUGCAAAUGUGCUGACGGUGAGUGUUUUACAGCAAUUCAGUUUAGGCUCAUUGCCCUGCCUUUUAAAACAGCGUGGCGUUGUGCUCGUGUGUAUUAUCCAGGGGGGUGUAUUUCUGUACAGUUUCUCUGUAUUUGCCCUCGGAGAGAGAGAUGUAAUUAAUACCCUUUCUUCUCCUCCCUGCCUGUGAAGAUCAUAUCAUAUAUAUAUUAACCCAAGGAGAGCUCCAGAGACCAUGUGCCUUGUGUUUUGUUUUUCGACCUGAAGAAAAUGAUUUAUCGCCAGGACCUCUCUGUGGUGCAGGGAGAACAGAUUGGUUGUGGUCAUAGGCUUUUUUCUGUGCAGUUUUAAGAAAUCUGUGAAAUAAAACAUACGAUUUUUCUUUCCAGGAUGAUGUGGUAGUGACCUUUCACAAAAUGUGUGCACCCUAUUCAUUUUGUUUAAUACGCUGCCUUUUCGUAGACUAGAGAAUAACAGUGAAUAUUUAACUGGUAAUUUUACGUGGCGGUGUUUUGCGUAAAUCGCCUUUAAUAAACUUGAAACGCAUUAAUGCAAGGCUUGUAAUGCGAAACAUACAAAUUGCAUCUGUAUGGGUGACGGGAGGCGACUGGAAGCGUCUUCCUUUGUAAACGGCAGCGUGAGAUCUUAAUGAAUGACUGACCGGGCUGUUAACGACUCCUCUCAGCAAACGAUAACGAGCUGGAGACGCCGAGGUCAAAGACGGAGGGGGGCUGGUGAAUUAAAAAGCCCGAUGAUUAAUUGCCGACUCCUUGCCUUCAUUGAUAUGUGAACCGCUUUUAUAACAGCAAAGUCAUUUCACAAGAUUGAUGCGCGCGGGAGCCGCGUACUUCGUUAACCUUGAUUGCAAAAUAAAUAAAUAAACACUGUUUUAACCCUUUGGUGUCCAAUAUAUUUGACAUUGAGAAAAUAGGCAAAUAAACAGGUAUGGGGGCAUAACCAGGGGCAGCGAAGCGUUAAAACAAUUAUGCAAACGCUUUUUUAUAGAACCGGACGAUUCAGCAAAAAAACAGACCCGUGCACUCUUAUAAUAUUCAGUGCGUCCGAGUUAUCAGAGAAUUGCAGAGACCUGUAAACGAUUUACAGAGGGAAUGCUGUUAGUUAUUUGGCCUUACCAGUUAAUGCAAACAGCGUAUGCAGGAGAGUGUCGUUUUUUGAUGUCACCAGAGCGUUUCAGAAUAUCGCUGUAUUGCAUGUCAGUGAUAGUUUGCAUACAGAUUUAAACCCUAAACUGUAAGCGAAAAUAAUCAAACAUAAAAAUGUAAACGUUUAAUCGGGGAAACACCCUGUUUUAUGAGUCUUGCAUGUAUCUAUUUAUUUAUUUAUCCUCAGUGCCAUUGUUCUGCUUGAAUAAAAACGAUCAGUCUGCUGUACACUGGAAGCAUUGAUGCAGCCAAGAAGCUCCAAGCUGUGAGAUCAUUUUCAUUGUUAUUAACAUUGUGUGGAUGGCUUGCGUUUGUUUCUGUUCAUGCCACAAGUUCUGUACAAUAAAUGUGUUCAUUGCAA